ACUGAUAAGCACACGUGGCACAAAUCCAAUUACUGGUUACUCCUACAAACACAUUCUCUCUCUCAUCCCCAGUCCUCUCUCCCUCCACUCCCAACCAUGGCCUCACCAACACUCCUAACUCCCACCUCUAAACUCAAAUCUCUUCCACCAAUCAAGUCCACCAAAUCCACCGCCACCGCCACAAUCCCACAACCUCGACGCCGCGAAUUCUUAUCGUUCGUGGCGGCAGCAGCUGCAGCAACUCUGUCCUCGCCAGCAUGGCUCUUCCCGCUCACACCAGCUGCAUUUGCCGCUUCGGACGAGGAGUACGUAAAAGAAACGGAGGAGGUGAUAAACAAGGUCAAAACCACCAUUAACAUGGAUAGGAACGACCCCAAUGUGGCUUCUGCAGUGGCGGAGCUCAGAGAAACAUCAAACUCAUGGGUGGCCAAGUACAGGAGGGAGAAGACUCUGCUCGGUAGGGUUUCUUUUAGGGACAUUUACUCCGCAAUCAAUGCAGUUUCAGGGCAUUAUGUCAGUUUUGGACCGACUGCUCCGCUUCCUGCAAAGAGAAAGGCGAGGAUUUUGGAAGAGGUGGAAACUGCAGAGAAGGCAUUGUUGAGGGGCAGAUAAAUUUGUAAAAGAGAUUACUGGUAACUGAUCAGUAUUCAAUGGAGAGAUGAGAGAGUGAGAAAAUUUUAAUUUUCUUUUUCUUUUUGUAUUAUUACUAAAAUUAGUAUUUUGAACUGUUUUAUUGUUCACAUUUUGUUUGUUAAUCUUGAGGUUACAGAGUGAGAUUACUGGUAGGGUUUUUACUAUUAUGAAAACCCUCCAUGAUAUAUUAACAUCUCUACAACAUGCUUAUUACUUUAA